AUGGGGUGGCUUAUCCGCCUAGCGAUCCUCUGCGCCUGCGUGGCAAGGUACUAUACCCCUGUUGUCCACUAUUUCACGGUGCUGGGGGUGUCUCGAACACCAACCCCUGCGGUGCGACUGGCCUCGGAGCCGUCCUUCGUAAAGAUCGAGGAUACCGUGGUCUGCGAGGAUCUGCACUAUUAUGAGCCGGCCGGGAAGAUCUUCACGGCAUGUGAGGACUCCUAUGCUUCGCGGUUCCAGUGGUUUCCCCCUUUGGGAAACGUGAAAGGAGCUGGAGAUACAGCUGGAUCACUUCAUGUCAUCGAUCCCAAGACAUUGAAAUCAAGUCGCCUGAGGUUCCAGAAUUUCGAAGGCCCAUUCGUCACGCAUGGAAUCGAUGUGAUAGCGGACCCGGGCCGGUCUAAUGCCGUCUAUAUUUUUGCGGUCAACCAUUUACCGAACCCAGAAUAUGAUGGGACGGAGCAGACUUUCAAGGCCCGCUCACAGAUCGAGCUCUUUCACCAUGUCCUGGGGACCGGGGUUGCCAGGCAUGUGCGUUCCAUUCGCCAUCCAAUGAUCGUCACGCCGAAUGAUGUUUACGCCGAAAGUCCGUCCUCUUUUUAUGUGACGAAUGACCACUACUAUCGUCACGGUCUGAAACGUGUGGUCGAAGAUGUUUACCCCUUGGCUCAGUGGACCAACGUCGUCCAUGCCCGACUGGACCAGCUGGAGUCUCCAGACCCGGAAGCUGGGAUCAAUGCCACGACAGCACUGAGCGGGGUCCGAAACAGCAACGGUAUAGGCCGCGGUCAGACCGAGGAAGAAAUGCUCCUCUGUAGUGCCAUAGGAGGAGUCAUGUAUCGGGCUCGAGCGGAUUCCAAAAACCGCAGUAUUUCGAUCUUCGAUGAGGUUCAGUUUGACAGCACGAUUGAUAACCCUAGCUAUUUUGUUGACCCUCACCGGACCCCUUCUGACGACGCCAGUGGGUAUGUUCUGGCCGGACUGCUGGGAGCUGCGAACCUUACCCGGUCCCAUGCGGAUCCUAACGCUCAGGAUGGAGUCAUGGUUUGGCAUGUGCAACAGAAGGCAACGACCAAUGGGACGGCAUCCGCAGACUGGGAAACCCGCCUGAUCUUCGAGGAUGACGGAAAGAAUAUCCACACCGGUAGCUCGGCCAUUAUGGUCCCAACUGACUCGCCGAAACGAGCGCGGCUGUUUGUUACGGGCUUCUCUUCGGAGCACGUCGUUGCAGUGGAAGUGGAACUGUAGCGUAGCCUUGCUUUUUUAUCCCUUUGAAUGUGCCGAGCAUGGCGGAAUUU